AUGGCGAUUUUCAACAAGAUAUUUGGAAAAUCAGAGAAACAAUCAUCCGAAGAUCAAAUCAAAGAGCUCGGCUUUGAAAUCAGUACUUGUUCAGAAACAUGUGAUGACUGUACGGCAAAAUUCCCCAAAUCAUUGUCAUUUGAAGAAAACGACAAACUUUGGCAUUCUACCAAACCAUACGGAUUACAUUUGAACGUUUCAACAGGAAGAACUGAUUGGCCACAUGAUGCAACUGGUAAAUCAAAUACCUUGUCUCAUGCAGUUGCUUCAUGGGCUUCUAAGCAUGGAGAUACACCUAUAGGGACUAUCAAGGUUACUUGUUCGUCAUUUGCUAGUGACGAAAUGUAUUCUGAUGAAGACUACAUAACUGAACAAACUGGAGACGUGUUGGUGUUACCGUAUUUCUUAUGGAUCAAAGGAUUGAAAAUAACUGAUGUUGAUAAAAUAUUGUCAAAGUUGGUCUACAUCUUAUCAACCAGUGAACAUGACAAAUUACAAGUGAGCGAUAUCCAGUCACAAAUCCCACAAGUCAUACCUGACGUGAACAAAGCUUACAUCCUAUUGUGCUCCCAUCGUACAAGAGACAAAAGAUGUGGAAUCACGGCACCGAUAAUGAAACGAGAAAUGGAAAUGUAUUUAAGAGAAUUGGAUUUGUAUCGUGACAUGUGUGAUACAUCACCUGGUGGUGUCAAUGUGGGGUUUAUAAACCAUAUUGGGGGUCAUAAAUAUGCAGCAAAUGUGAUCAUAUAUCUAAAACAGUCAGGGAAAAAUAUUUGGUUAGCAUUGUGUAAACCCAAUAACGUAAGACCAAUUAUCGAUGAGUGCAUUUUGCAUGGAGGUAAAGUUUGGCCAGAUAAGGUGAGAUUGGUUCAGAAAUUUGAUCCAAUAGAAUGGUAG